CAUGAGUCGGUGAUUACUCAUAGUCAUGGCAUAGAAAGAUUACAAAUAUAAUAAAAUUUUCAUGUCACUAAAUUAGUGCUUAAAAAUGUAAACCAAAGUAAAAAAAAUUGGGUUAACGACAUAAACCGCAAAAUUAUAAGGCAUUUUUCAAGUUCAUACACAAUUUGUUAGACAUUUUUAUAGUCAGAUUACAUUAUAAACUGUACUUAAUUUAUUUUCAUCACGAAACUUUUGCAACCAGUUUAAUUCUGUUACUGAUACUUCGCUUAUUUCUAGCCCCACUACUUCAUUUCUAGUGGCAAAAGUUUCCACCCGUCGUUAAAUAACGACACUCAAUCUCAAGUCCCUCAAGCCAUCUCAUCCGGUAAGCAAGGCAACAAUAAAGCCUCAAGUGGGGCUAAGUAGCUUUGAAAAUAUUCUAGAAUAAUGUAGAAGCCAGUAGCUAAAGCUAACUAAAAAGAAGUAAGAAAAAAAAAAAAAAAACGAAAGCUGACCACAGCUAGAUAAGUAUCUAUCUUUAGCUAAACCACCAAACUAAAAGCCUAACCAUGAGUCACUAUAAACAAGGGGAGAAAAAAACAUUCGCAUAUCCUUAAUUCCCAUUAAAUUAGUCAACAGUUCCAACGUGCGCAUCACAAACUUAGAUUGCUCUUCAUAUACACCCUCAUCCCCACAACCAAGCUCUCACCAAGAAGUCCCAACAAGCAUUGCCGGCCUCAGCAAUUAAGCCACCCUCCUUUUGCCACCAAAUUUUCAUAUGGCGGCACCACCGCUACCAACCGCGUCUCAAAACCUUAAACCAACUACGCCGCGGACGGUGCAUACACCGUCGCCUAUCUCACUCCAACCAUCAACCAAAAAAAGCCCAUCAAAACCUUCAAAACUCUUCCGGCGUUUUCGUGCAGUUUUCCGGUCAUUUCCAAUCAUAUCGCCCUCGUGCAAGAUCCCCGUUUCGCUCCACGGGAGCCGCAUGGGGGAAGGACACACACACAUGCACAUCCACGGGGGGACGCGGAUGACAGGAACCCUAUUUGGGUAUCGUAAAGCUAGGAUUAACCUGGUCAUCCAGGAAAGCCCUAGAUGCCUUCCCAUCCUUGUCCUUGAGCUCGGGAUACAAACAGGAAAGCUCCUUCAAGAUAUGGGAAUGGGGCUUGUCCGGAUAGCGCUAGAAUGCGAAAAGAGGCCCGGGGAUAAGACGAAGAUCGUGGACGAGCCGAUAUGGUCGUUGUACUGCAAUGGGAAGAAAUCAGGGUAUGGAGUGAGGAGAGAGGCGACCGAGGAUGAUCUGAGUGUGAUGCAAGUUUUGCAUGCAGUGUCCAUGGGAGCCGGGGUUUUACCAAAUGAAACAGAGUUGCCAGAGGGUGAUUUAAUGUACAUGCGAGCACAGUUCGAACGUGUGGUAGGGUCGAGGGACUCAGAGACAUAUUACAUGAUGAAUCCUGAUGGGAACAAUGGGCCUGAGCUCAGUGUGUUCUUCGUCAGGAUCUAAUUAAGGUCUUAGCUAGGCAAGGGUUAAUUAAUUAUUGUGGCGGGAAAAGAAAAUUAUAUUGGGCUGGAUUGAAUA